GAGCUCGUUGCUCGCUACAAUGUGCUGUGUUGGUGUUUGACCCUGCAGUGGCUUUGAAUGGAGACAGAGGGGAGACCAGCGUCAUUCUGACGAGUGGUCCGUGCGGAGCGCGUUUAGAAUCGCGUUUGCAGUGUGCUCAAACAACCUGCGGUCACUGCAGACGCACCAGCAACAGCUGCAGUUCAUCCGCCACACAAGACACCUGGAAGCAUGUCUGGCAUCACUGGGAACGUGGACUGCGAGGAGUGCUUAUCUUCUGGACAUUUACCCAACAGCACGGAGUUACAUGUGCAUCCCACCUUGGAUGAUGACGAGGAACUUCUGAGAUACAUUUGGAGAGAGUAUUUACACCCCAAGCAGUAUGAAUGGGUUCUCAUUGUGGCUUACAUUAUUGUAUUCUUCGUUUCACUCAUUGGGAACUCGCUUGUUUGUUUUGCAGUAUGGAAGAACCGUCACAUGCGCACCGUGACAAACUAUUUCAUAGUGAAUCUUUCCCUGGCUGAUGUGCUGGUCACCAUCAUCUGCCUGCCUGCGAGUCUUGUGGUAGACAUCACAGAGACGUGGUUCUUUGGAAACACUCUGUGCAAAAUUGUCCCUUAUCUGCAGACCAUCUCCGUUUCUGUAUCAGUCCUAACGCUGAGCUGCAUCGCCCAGGACCGUUGGUAUGCGAUCUGUCACCCACUGAUGUUCAAGAGUACAGCCAAGAGGGCGCGCAAGAGUAUUGUUGUUAUCUGGGUUGUGUCGUGUAUCAUCAUGAUCCCCCAGGCCAUUGUGAUGGAGUGUAGCAGCCUGCUGCCUGAACUCACAAAUAAGACCAGUCUGUUCACGGUGUGUGAUGAGCACUGGGGAGCUGAGAUCUACCCAAAGGUGUACCACACCUGUUUCUUCAUUGUCACAUACUUCGCACCACUGUGCCUCAUGGUCCUGGCAUACAUUCAGAUUUGUCACAAGCUGUGGUGUCAACAGAUUCCUGGAAGCACAUCAGUGCUGCAGAGGAAGUGGAAGUCUAUCAAAUGCUCAGCUCCAACUCCAGGACCGGGGGAGUCGGUGAGGGUUAGAACCAGCACGGUUUGUGCUGAGAUCAAACAAGUCAGAGCCCGGAGAAAGACAGCUCGCAUGCUGAUGGUGGUGCUCUUUGUUUUCGCCCUGUGCUACCUGCCAAUCAGUGUGCUCAAUGUCAUGAAAAGAGUGUUUGGGACAUUCAAGAAGACAAACGACAGAGAGACAGUGUAUGCGUGGUUCACUUUCUCACACUGGCUCAUAUAUGCCAACAGUGCUGCAAAUCCAAUCAUCUACAAUUUCCUAAGUGGGAAGUUCCGCGAGGAGUUCAAAUCAGCCUUUUCUUGUCAUUGUUGUGGCCAGCGUGAAAAUGAGACAAGGAGGAUAAGGACCAGAACGCGCACAGACAGUCGAAAAUCCCUCUCCACUCAAGUUCACAAUGUGGACAACGUGUCACGCAUAUCAGAUCAGAUGGUGUAGUCGUCUUAUAUUCCAGCUGGGGCACCUGAAGGACACGGUGAUCUUUAAGUUAACGUGUGAAAUGUGCAGACCUCAUUAAUUUUGGAUGACAUUUUAAGGGAAAGAAUUGUAUUUAAGGUUUUCUGUUUGGUUGAUUUGAAAAGGACAGACUUUCUCUCUUGUUUUAUGCAAGAAAACAGUUCGUAAUGUUCAGUGUUUUAUAUCUCUCUUUCGUGUGUAGUUUCUGUAAAUUUUGUACGUAUUUUUGUUUUGUUUUGUCUAAUUACGUCUAAUUAAGUAGUAACAUCACCUUUGAUAUAAUGUGCGAACUAACUGGUUUAAGGGAUUUGAAGCUUUAAAGGUGCAGGCGGUCACAUGCCCAUCUCAAGUCCUCAGUGUAAAUGCCCAGAAAUGUAUGUUCCUGUGCACUGAGUAUGUUAAUGAAGCCAGCUCAAUUCAUCAAAGUGCAGAAUAUUCAAUGUGACCCCUGCAUGAACGUGACCGCAAUGUGAAGCCUGUUUCUUUCAUUUGAAACACUCCAGGUUUGUGUUUGGAUAACAUCAGCAAAGCGGACAUUUUCCAGCAAAAUAUAUGUCGCAAAAUAAUCAUCGUGGUUGAAUUUUUCAGCUGUGGGUAAGAGCUGUUCACAGUUACAUUUACUAAGAGCCCAGGCGACUCUAUGGUGGGUUGUUUUUUAUACUGAUGCUAAAUGUAAAAACAAGAAACAUGUCCUGGAUGUGCUUUCCAUUUUUUUGUGGCAGAAGUCUGCAAGCAUGUAUGAAUAAUAACUGUGUUGCCCACAUAUUUUGCUGAUUAUCUGUUAUUACUUAAUUAUCUGCUGUUAUAAGUUAUUACUGGGUCAGAAAAAAGGGAAUUAUGGCAAGAUUUGAAAUUGUUUGCACAGAUGAAAAAACUAUGCUGAAAAAUGUAUUUUGUAAAAUAAUUUUACAUUUUUUAUUUAAAGUGUAAGUAAAUAUUUAUUGUGAUAGAUUUAUGUAUCAGUAUCAGAAAACAAAGGCAAAUCUUGAUCUCUGAUUCAUCAGGACAUUUUUCUGCUCCAGAACUCUUGGUAUCAAUGUUUUGACCUUUUCUUGAUAAGAAAUGAUUGUACUGACAGCUACAAUGCGUAGUGUUUUUCUUCUUCUUUCGUAUACUUCAUUGUUUCUUUUGCAGGAAUGGCCUACUCGUACUUGAUGACACACUGGGAAGUUGCCUCUGAGCAUCUCUGAUAGAGCAUCUGGGAGGUCAAAGGCUUUGAUCAAGGGCAUCUCAGUGGUGAAAAUGAGGCAAUUACAAACAUGCUUUUUCAUGUUCCCCACCAAAAAUUACUUGCUGCUGCAGAGACCGCACGUAUGAAGCCUUCUUCCCAUUUCUAACCACGACAGUGAAUUUCCCAUUUCAAACAUGUCUCAUUCAGAUGAGCAGCUUGCAGCCUGACUCAGUAAUUGCAGUCAUUCGUAGCAGAAGUAAAAGGCAAAAUACGCAGCCGAUUUGGAUUGUCAACACUUUGCUGUGGUGGUUCAACAGCAUUGGUUUAGAACGGCAGUCAGUCAGGCAUAUAGUAUUUGGUGAUAUCUUAAAUGAUUUUAUCUGCAUGAGCUAGCAUUUAAAGACAACUGCUGCAGCUUGCCCCGUGUGUCACUAUCAGCCUGAGAAGCACAGUUAAUGCCCACAUACAUCAUUUUUAAAAAGGGCAUUCCCUAAACUGUACUGUUUGUAUGUGUGCCGAAAUGUUAACGCUAACAUGCAGAGCUAUUUUUAUUAGUUGCUUGCGAGUUUGAUUUUAUGUCAGUGAAUGAAAUCUACACACACAAAUACACAUAUGGUGAACCCUGUUCACAAGCAGCGACGACUUUUUGUCAGACCCCUCAUCCAAACAGCAUCAGAUAUGACUUCCUUAAAACCGCAGCAAUUGCCUAGGGUGAAGUGGAUCAGAGUAAUGGUUGUGCAGAACAGAAAGACAUGCACACACCUCUUUAUGCAGAGAGCACCCCGAUUAAACAGAUGUCCCUUCAACCGUAGCUUCCAUCUUUCUUGAGAACCCCUCACCCAAUGAACAUGAGUAAGCGGCUGAAGCCAUUCAUUUUAGCUACUUGCACAUUUCUGGAAGAAGAUAAAAGCAGAAAAUUUCUUUAAAGAGUAUUUGCAAAGAUAUUUACAGCUGUACACUGCAGCACACUGGAAUCUCAGAGAAUCCACAUCCUCAAACAUACAGCACAACAAGGUUUGCAGUCAGAAGCAAAUAUUGAUCAUCAGUGUAAUCAGCAGUAUAGAAAAUCCUUCAAAGCGCUAUAGUUUGGAUGCAAAGUAUAAAAAUGAAUAAACAAGGAGGAUGUGGAACUCUUGUCAAAUCAGGCUAAUCAAUUCAAAUGAAACUGAAAAGGCAAUCAGGGAAAAGGCAUAAUAUGAAAGAAUGACAGAAAAAACAGUAACAGGAAACAGAGAGGAAAACAAUCCCUGCCAGGGCAGCUUGAUUGUAAUUAAUCUAGGUUUGAUUGUUCAGUUCAGCUUGAUGUGUUUAAUGUGUGGGGAAAUUGUUUAUGAGCAUAGAUUUGAUUUAUUAAUUAUGUUAAUAUUUUAUAGACUUUAAACUACGACUAUUCAUUAUGUUUAAAGCAUGGCACAACAAUGACACAUGCUGGACAUUUUUCACCAGAAUUUCUUCAUUUUUGAACUAAAUGUGAAAUGUUUGCAUCCCCACAUCAAGUAUUUAGAAAACACCUCUCAGCCCAGGUCUUGAUUGCUGUUCAGAGUGAAACAGUCCAUACAAUUCUCUUCAACAACUUCUGAAUAGACAUGAAGCUGUCGAAUUAAAGUCUCUUCUUUUUGCAUCAUUUUUUAAGAAAAUGUAUAAUGUAUGUUGUAACUUUUUCCAGUGCACUUUAAGCCUUUUUGCCUUCCAGUGUUUCAUACUUCAUUGUGCAACACUUUGAUCAAUAUUUGUUGACUUUUUUUUGCUUGAUAAAUAAAUCAUCUUGAUUGGAGGCUUUAUGAGAGUUAAUCACUGUUGACUUCUAGCCACUAGGGAGCAGCAGAAAUGAGCUAAAACGAGAAGGUUGCUUCAAACUGACUUCAAAUUGGGCGGAGUUGUUAGCAAAGCCAUCCAUCUUGCAAAUGACUCUGCUGACAUGUAACAUUUGCGUAAAAGCCGAUGUCACUCAACGUACAGGUCAGACCAAAGCAAUCACCUAAAAAAACGAAAAGCAAUUUACAGCUGAGGGUGAACACUGUUUGUUUAUCACUAAACACAUGUAUACAUAUACAUGGUUGGUACCUAAGGCAGUGUUGUGUU